AUGGGCAAAAACGUUUUCGCCGUCCAGGUGUUCUUCAUCGUCUUCCGCGAAUGUCUCGAGGCAGGCAUUAUCCUCUCGGUCCUCUUCUCGUUCCUGAAACAGGCCCUCGGUGGCCCUGACCAGGACCCUGCCAUAUACAAGAAAAUGCGGCGGCAGGUCUGGCUCGGUGCAGGCACCGGUGUGCUCAUCUGCUUCAUCAUCGGUGGCGCCUUCAUCGGCGUGUUCUACGGCCUCGGCCGCGACAUCUGGACCCGAGCGGAGCAGCUGUGGGAAGGCAUCUUCUACCUGAUUGCGACCAUCAUCAUCACCGCCAUGGGCCUGGCCCUGCUCCGCAUCAACAAGAUGCGCGAGAAGUGGCGGGUCAAGAUCGCCCAGUCGCUCGUCACGCACCACUCCAUCAAGGACGGCACCUUUAUGUGGAUUCGCGAGUGGGGCCGCCGCAACGUCAUGUUCAUCCUGCCCUUCAUCACGACCCUGCGUGAGGGUGUCGAGGCUGUCGUGUUCGUGGGUGGUGUCUCGCUGAGUCUGCCCGCCACCGCCUUCCCCAUCCCCGUCAUCACGGGCAUAAUCGCUGCUCUCAUCAUCGGCCUCUUGCUCUACCGCGGCGGCAACCACAUGACCAUCCAGGCCUUUUUGAUCUUCUCGACCAGCGUCUUGUACCUGAUUGCGGCCGGCAUGUUCUCGCGCUCUAUCUGGUUCUUUCAGUACUAUGUUUUUGCCAAGCGCGUCGGUGGCGAUGUCGCCGAGGCCGGCAGCGGGCCGGGCUCGUACGACAUCACCGCCACCGUCUGGCACGUCAACUACGGCAACCCCGAAAUCAGCAACGGCUGGGACGUGUUCAACGCGCUGUUGGGCUGGCAGAACACGGGCACCUACGGCACCAUCAUCUCAUACAACCUCUACUGGCUGUUCAUCAUCGUGUCGAUUUUCUUUUUGCUGUACGAGGAGCGCACUGGCUGGCUGCCGUUUGCCCGCCCCACGCUCAACUUUUUCAGCCGUGUUCCGGGCUUCAAAAGCUGGGCGCGAAAGCGGAUUGCUGCCCACGAGGUGGACGCCGACGAUGUCGUCAACCGUGUCCAGGCCGAGCACUUGGUUGGUCAGAACUAA